AGAUGAAGUAAAGUAGAGCUCCGCACAGCAAGAAAGCAAGGACUGACAAUCUAUCCUUCAGGGGAGAAAAAAAACCCAGUUAGACAGGAUAUGUUGAGAAUACACAGUUGGACUUUGGGAUGUUUUAAGGACUCAGAAUCAAAGGAGGUUUCUUUUUGUCCACAUCUAUGUAGGACGUGGCGUCUGCGACUGCACUGAAGUCGCCUAAAUUUGCUGCAAAAGAAACGUGCUUUUUUUUUUUUUUUUUUUUGAUAAUCACGCUAAAAGACAACAACAGCAACCUGGACUACUCUUUUGAAACAGGAAUGGUUUAUCCUCCCGAAGGUUUAUUCUACAUCGAAAUGGAUCAAGCACCACCAGCUCUUCCUCCCAGGUCAACAAAGCCAGCGCCCGCCACCAUGAACAACAACUGCCCUUCGCCACCUACGUAUACGUUACAGAAUGCAGAAUGGUACUGGGGAGACAUAACCAGGGACGAGGUGAACGAGAAGCUCCGAGACACACCUGAUGGCUCUUUUCUGGUGCGUGACGCAUCCACAAAGCUGCAAGGGGACUUUACGCUGACGUUAAGGAAAGACGGGCACAACAAGCUGAUCAAGAUUUACCACCGUGACGGGAAGUACGGCUUCUCGGACCCCCUCACAUUCACUUCAGUAGUGGAGCUCAUUUGGCACUACCAGCACCAUCCGCUGGUGGAGUACAACGCCACGCUGGACCUGAUGCUCACCCAUCCUGUGUCCCGCUUCCAGCAGGUAAAAGAGGACAGUGUCGAUGUGGCUGGAAGAAAGCUCAAGGAGGUCCACUGUCAGUAUCAAGAAAAGUCAAAGGAGUUCGAUCGUCUUUAUGAAGCUUUUACAAAGACCUCACAGGAGAUCCAGAUGAAACGAACGGCAAUAGAGGCCUUUAACGAGACAAUGCUGAUCUUCGAGGAGCAGUGUCGCGAACAGGAACGUUACGGAGAGGAGUUUGAGAUGAACAAUCAGUCCGAGGGAACUGACAAAGAUCUGGAAAGCUUUCUGAUAAACUACGAGAAGCUGAAGUGUCGUCUUGGGGAGAUCUACGACAGCAAAAUCCAUCUGGAGGAGGACUUAAGAACGCAGGUAGAGGACUACAGAGAAACAGACAGGAAGAUUAACAGCUUGCGGCCUGACCUCAUCCAGCUACGCAACAUCAGAGACCUGUACCUCAACUGGCUUAAUCACAAAGGUGUAAGGCAGAAACGCAUAAAUGACUGGCUGGGAAUACUGAGUGACAGCCUCGAUGACACGUACGUGUUGAAGGGAGACGAGAAGAAUUUGCCACAUCAGGAUGAGACAAACUGGUUUGUUGGUGAACUGAGCCGGACGCAGGCUGAGGACAUGCUGCAAGGAAAAGCUCCGGGAACGUUCCUGAUCCGCGAGAGCAGCAAACAGGGAUGCUACGCCUGCUCUGUCGUUGUGAAUGAAGAAGUGAAGCAUUGUAUGAUCUACAGCACACCGCACGGAUACGGCUUUGCUGAGCCCUACGAUGCCCACUGCUCCCUGAAAGACCUUGUCCUGCACUAUCGCCUGCACUCCUUAGCGCAACACAAUGACGCCCUGGAUGUUCGGCUGUCACAUCCAGUACACGGCAAAGCUGCAGCCACGCCUUCGCAACACGCAGAGGAACACAAACUCUUACAGACUCCUAAACACACAGCGGGGCUCCCACCUGCAGCUCCAGAAAUGUAAUCCAACGGAAAGAGAGAGAAGGACAUGUUUACUGUAUCCUGCGAGAAUGACUGCAUCGAGGUGCAUUGUGUAAAGUUUUGCACUACAGUGAUUCCAUCGGUUUUUGUGAAUGGGAUUUCACAGAUUGAAGUGGGACUGGAACUUGAAUGUCAGCUUGAACUUUUUUUUUGUUUUCAAAGAGACUGUUUAAGCUUUUAAUAUUUUAUUUUGUACUUCAUUUAUUGCAGUUUGUUUAAUGGACACCUUUUCGGUAAGGAUGUUGACAACCAGAAAAAUUGCUCACUGACAUCGGGUGCUGCACCUUUGUUUGACUUCAACUUUUACAACCAGAGUUGAUGUUGCUAGAGAUGUCCAUUUCCCUAGUUAAAAUGUAUUGAGUUCUGAAAAUUUGACCAAUAGUUUAGAAAUAUAUUUGGUUACAAUGGAGUUAUAUUUGUGCCUCGUUCCUGAGCGUGUCAUGGCGCAUUUUGAGCACAAAAAAUAUAAUUUUUUUUUGCAGGCGCAUAAAUUGUUUUAAGAAGAUGCUUUUAGUUUGCAACCUACCUCUUUUUUUUUUUUUAAGCAAGAUAGCGAGCUAAUAAACAGACCCAAACAGAAUCUGCAGACUUUUUUUCUACAGUUUUCACAGUGAUCCAGAAUAAAAGUCUUGCAGAAUUACUUUUUUGUCUUAAUGUAAUAGACAAAAUUAAGGAAUCGAAAACAGCAUUUUUAAAUCUGUAAAAAAUCUGCAUAGGUGCUGUUGGAAAUCAGCGGGUGCAGAUUCUGCAUGGACCUGCUGAUGAAAUACAGACGUACUAAUAAAAGUUAAUGCAACUAGGUAUGUCACCAAAAUUGCAGAGCUGCUAAUCAUUCUUCGAGUGCUUCCUUACUCGCCUAGUAACCGAUAAUACUACUAAACAAUCAGAUUAGAGACACAACAGCCAAUCAGAAGUAACCUACUCCAGUUUUCUGAGUAGCUCGCAUUAUGGCACAGUGUAACACUGUCAAGUGUGGAUAAUAGAAAAAACUGUAGCAAGUGCACGGAGCAAAAAGUAGAUUUUUGUUCACUUAAGUUAAAUAACUUCCUACGUAGUAAUUUCUCUCCAAAGUAUAAUUUAUGUGUUUGUAAAAAAAUAUCUUUCUGUGCGCAAAAUGUCCCACUGUGUGCUCAGGAAUGGGAAAUACGUUACUACUACUUAGUGCAUUUGUAAAGGGGAAAAUGGUGCUGUAAACACGCUGUUUCCGUCAUACUGGUUUGGUGGACCAAACCAUUUUUGGGUAAAUGCCACGUGUGAAUAUGUGAAAAGUCGUGGUGCAUCUUGACAAUUUGCCCCUUUCUUAACAGACAUUCAUAUACAGUGGAUAAUUAUGUAGCAUUAACAUCCUGUAGAAUACCAUUGUAAGAGCAUACUCAAUGUUAUACCCAUUGACCAAAGCACUUAAUAGUGAGCAAAACGACGUCCCUGUUAAGUCUGGUAAUUGCAUUUUGGGCAAGGGGAGGGCAAUUUAUGUACACCUGCUGAUGUGCUGAUCAAAAAACAUAAUCUGAAGUACUGUAUGUUAUAUUCUGUUACUCAAAGAAGUAUAAGCUUUUUGUAUUCUAUAUAUAUUUUUUCUAUAAACAUGCCACAAGAUGAAAGCUUGAAGAAAGUGCAAUCCAACAGUAUUUCUAUUGUUGCAAUGUGUGACGAUGAUGAUGAUGAUGAUGAUGGUGGUGAAGGUAAUGCUGUUAUGAGAGGUUGACAUUUGCCACAAAAAUGCACUCUCUUUGGUGGUGUCGGUAUGAUGUGGCCUCCGAUGUUUGUGUGAACUGCCAGAGGUCCGGAAGUAUCCUGCCUCCAUUACUUGAACUGUGGCAUUGCUCGAGCUAUGAAUGUUUUUCAUGACAUGCAGCCUACAUAGCUUAAGAGGAAAGGAAUCCAUGUUGAACUUGGCACAUUUUUCAAGUUUGAGGACAAUAGAUACUCUGUACAGAGAAACUGUAAAAUGUAUUUCAGAGGUUGGUUUAUGGAAGGAGGGUGAUUAAGCCUCUUAGAAAAAUAUAACUCCACUGGGGGAUUGAGGAAACUCCUCGGGUGAAGCUAAGCAAUGUGAGAUCCUGACCUUUUUCUUGCUGAAAGACAAUAAACUGAUGAGGGUUUUGUCAA